AUGCUAACCUCGGAGCUUACAGCUGCUUUAGUUUCACAGGAGACGCAAAAACAAACAUAUUGUCAUGAAGAGCAGCGUCUGUCCGACCCGAGGCUCCACAUUAAUGCGAGCGGUUAUCAGCUCGGUGACAAACAGGCCGGAAGUUUAGCUGCAGAGCAAAGUGACUGCUGUAUCCGUGGCAGCGAGUGGGAGGAUGUGUUCUCCGUCUGCAGCCUGGUGCACCGCUGCAGGCGACUGAAUGCUAAACGCUGUAGCCUUGGCUAUCCUUUCAAAGCGCUGCUCGCUGCUGACCUUUCGACUCCCGAGCCGCGAUUCGCUUUGGGCGAGCUGAGCUGGUGGAAGUGUCGGUGGGUGUGGGAGGGAGGCGGCGUUUGUUGGCAGGGCCCAGAGCGAACGGAGCUCCGACUCCACGGCUUUAACCCCACGGCUCUUCUGGGAACGCUCCAGCUGGCAGGCAGCAGCAAAUGGAGCGUUUCAGCACGCCGGCAAACCUCAUCAGCCUCAUCAGCCUCGUCAGCCUCGUCAGCCUCAUCAGCCUCGUUAGCCUCCUCAGCCUCCUCAGCCUCCUCAGCUUCCUAAGCCUCAUUAGCCUCCUCAGCCUCCUCAGCUUCCUAAGCCUCAUUAGCCUCCUCAGCCUCGUCAGCCUCGUCAGCUUCCACAGCCUCCUCAGCUUCCUCAGCCUCAUUAGCCUCGUCAGCCUCGUCAGCCUCCUCAGCCUCGUUAGCCUCCUCAGCCUCCUCAGCCUCGUUAGCCUCCUCAGCCUCCUCAGCCUCCUCAGCCUCGUUAGCCUCCUCAGCCUCCUCAGCCUCCUCAGCCUCCUCAGCCUCGUUAGCCUCCUCAGCCUCCUCAGCCUCCUCAGCCUCGUCACCCUCCUCAGCCUCCUCAGCCUCCUCAGCCUCGUCAGCGUCGUCAACCUCGUCAGCCUCGUCAGCUUCCUCAGCCUCGUUAGCCUCGUCAGCCUCGUCAGCCUCGUCAACCUCGUCAGCCUCAUCAGCCUCCUCAGCUUCCUCAGCCUCAUUAGCCUCGUCAGCCUCGUCAGCUUCCACAGCCUCGGCUCUCCUCCCCACCCGCUCACCGCUAAGUUGUUUAGAUACGCAGGAGAACGAGGGAAAGAACGUGAGGAAGGUGUGCAGGGAGGAAAAGGGAAGCCGGGGGAGUGUGGAACGGAAGUGAAGAAGUCGUAAAUCCAGUUUGAUGAAGUCGGUUGAACAGUGAGGGGAGUUCCUCGGUGACGCAUCCACGUUAAAGCCCGAGGCCAACACGCCUCCCGUCACACUCCUACAGGGUUCCGAUGUUCCUGAACUUCCCACGACGUGUUUGUUUCUCAUUAUGGCUGAACAGGAAGUCUACAGGGACGAGCUUCUCAUAAUGUUGACAGACAGAUUUACUGCGUGUGAUUCUGUCAAUAUUUAACCACGAAGCUGCAGUGUUCCUGUAAAACCCUGGCAGCUCCUGAUCCCACUGUUCUACUGUAGUUCUCCACGGUGACAGUCGUAAAUUACUGCAUAAUUAAUUACAGACUCCACCGCAGAAUAUGAGGUUUAAUGCUGUGACCAGAGUUUCUAUUAAUACACUGUAUUUAUAUAGUAUUGCUACUGUAAUUCGUUUUAACUGCAGUUGCCUUUAUUUUCUUCUCUAAAAUGUAUAAAUUGUGAAUCACUAAGAAAAAUCAUGAAUAAUAAAGUGCUUUUAAUA